AUGUUGAACUGGAUCAAGAAACGAUGCCGAAGAAAAUCAGCACCAUCUGCAAGAGAAGCUAAAAUUAAAAGUCAUCAAUCGUUAUUCGAUGUCAAAACGGACACAGUUGAUCACGACUAUGAGGAGAUCGAUGAUAUAAUCAGUCCCGAUCAAUUAGCUUACGCAAUUGUUACACUAACCGACAAAAUUACUAUGGAAUCUGUUGAUAAGUUACCAAUUGAAACCAUCUGCCCCGUGUGCAGACGAAAGCAAGUCAAAGGUGAUCUUGUCUGCUUUUGCUCUGUAUUAAAUUCCAAUCAAAUUUCGGACGACGAUUAUGAUGAAGUAGAUGAAAUAUCAUGUUCUACACCUAUUGAAUCUAAGUCUAAACCAAAACGUAGACAACCAGACUUUUCAAAGAGACCUCUACCAGAGAUACCACAAGAAGGUAAACCGGUGUCCGAAAACCCCUUGAAGAAACUAAAGAAUUUCCCGGAGUUGUCCUACAGCGAUGAUAGCAAUAGCAGCAGUAGUGGAUAUUUUGAUUCUUGCAUCAGCCAGUCGGAAUCAAGUUCAGAUGACAGCCUUUCCUUCGAGUUCCAGAAAAUGAUAUUACGUCAAAGGUCAAAAGAAGUGUUUAACCGCCAAAGAUCCCAACCAAGUGUACGCCAACAUUCACCACCAAGACCAAGAAUGGGAUGUAGAGCUCUGUCUAGAACCCAAAACAUGAGGCGUUGCCGAUCAUCAUCCCGUGCCAAUGGUGCUCGAUUUAAUGUUAUCCGGGAACCCAUAACUCGACAAGUACCUAAAGUUUACGAAAAUGUACCUACAUCUGAAUCCAGAUCGAGGACAAUUGGUAGAGCAGCUUCAUCCAGAUUACCAUGCAGCAAUACUCAAUUUCAGAGACAGACAUUUCAUCGCCAGGUUCGUUCUCAAGUCAGAUUAUACGAGAAUGUGUAG